UCUUUCUUUCUGUUGACCUGAAAACUUGCGGAGAAGGAGAAAAUUGCAGAGAGAGAUCAGAUGGGAAUAGUGAAGAGCUCCGUCUCCCUCUUGUUGGGCACUGCUUUCGGAGUUUACUUGGCUCAGAAUUACAACGUUCCCAACAUCAGGAAGCUCACCAACACCAGUCUCGUCGUCGCCAAGCACAUCGAGGAGAACUAUCGCAAGCCCAAGAAGGACGACGUUGAAUGAUUCGUUUCAGUUGUUGUCGGAUGUAUCUAUGUUUCGUUGCUGAUCGAUUGUAGAGACAGGGAGAGGAGAAUGGAGAUGGUGGCUCGAAGCAUGGUUUGGUCGGAGAGAGUAUUGAUUUGAUUUUUCUCACUAGGAACUUGAUUUAACUUCAAAAGGUUUGAUUGUAUUUUGACAUAUUCUGUAUCCCAUUGAAGUUAUCAGUGGGACUUGUGGUGUCGCUUCAAUUCUUGUUUUAUAACUGUCAUUAUACUGGCUAAACCCAGCAAUGUACAUGUCAUUAUCAGUGUUUCAAAAAAAAAAAAAGUGUUUCAAAAAAAAAGUACAUGUCAUUAUCAUAUACUCUCUUUUCUUUUGUUUCUUUGGCAAAGAUGUAAUAACCACAAACCCCUGCUAAUAUCUUGUUUGAUUAAAGGAUUAUUUAUAGUU